AGCCGCCGAUGAGUAUAUGCUCCAGGUUCCCCGCCCCCAAAUUGAUAACGUCCGCAUAGUUACCCUUCGCUUGGGAACAAUUCCCCCGCUAGCACUUUCUCUCAACUGCCGCCCGAAUCGCCUCCGUAUCUUUUCAGCAUGGGGCCGGAAGGGAUUGAAAUUAAGUUUCGGAAUCUUGAAUGCAUGGUGUCUGCACAGCGGGUUCGUAAGCACCAACCACACGCUUGGGACGAACGAGGCCCUCGAGCAACAUCAAUAUAAGAGGUCGACAAUUGCUCAGCUCUGGAGCUCCCCUCCCUAGAACUUCUCGUUCCCCUUGUACUUCCCAAUCCAGAUCUCACAAUGGCCCUUCCUAUCGACUUCUCCCCUAUUCAAGCCCACCCCUACCUAACCAUUUUCUCCCUUCUGUCAACCUACCUCGUCCUCCUCACCCUCUACCGUCUCUUCCUCCACCCGCUGGCACACAUCCCCGGCCCCAAACUCGCCGCGAUAACCCAAUGGUUCGAAUUCUACUACGAUGUCCUUCUCGUCGGCCAGUACCAGAACCAGUUCAUGCGCUGGCACGAAAAAUACGGGCCAAUCAUCCGCAUAAACCCAAACGAACUGCACUGCAUCGACCCCGCCUUCAUCGACACCAUCUACGCCGGCGGCGGCAGCGGCAAGAAGCGCGACAAGGAUGUCUUCAACCUGAACGCCUGGCAGCUCCCUUACUCCUGCUUCGGCACCGUCUCACAUGACGUGCACCGCGUGCGCCGCUCGAGCGUGAAUCCUUUCUUCUCGCGCGCGUCGGUGGCGAAGCUCGAAGACAGCAUCCGCAGCUACGUCGACAGAAUCUGCGCGCACGUCGAAACCUACAGCGGCACCGGUGAGCCAUGCAACCUCACCGCGGCCUUUACGUGUCUCUCCACCGAUAUCAUCACCGGCUUCAGCUUCGGCUGGGACCGCGGCUACACGGCCAACCGCGACUUCACGCCGAACCUGCAGCAAGCUAUGCUCGGGGGCAUGAAGCCGUGUCAUCUAUUCCGCCACUUGCCUUUCCUGCUGCCUAUCAUGAACACGUACCUCCCCGAGAGUGUUAUUGCGAAACUGAUGCCGGAUGGGCCCGAGUACUUCCGCUUUGAGAAACGGCUGUAUGAAACGGUGGAUGAUGUGCUGGCGGGGAAGACGGAGUUGAAGGAAAAGGAGGGACAGAGGACUAUUUACAAGGAGAUUUUAGAGGGAAAGUUGCCGGAGGCGGAGAAGAGUGCGGAGAGGAUGAGACACAGCGCGAGGGAGAUUAUUGGGGCGGGGACGCUGACGACGGCUUCUGCCCUCUCGAUUGCCAGCUACUACCUCGUCGCCAACCCCUCCACAAUGGCUAGACUCUAUGCAGAGCUCGAGACCGCCAUCCCGGAUCCAUCCACAAUCCCACCAACCAAAACCCUCGAACAGCUUCCUUACCUGUCAGCCGUCCUCCACGAAGCCCUCCGCUUCUCCUGCGGCAUUGCCAGCCGGAUCCCGCGUGUGCCCCACGAAACCCUGCACUACACCGGCACCCACGCCGGUCGCUCCAUCCAGUACACCAUCCCGGCCCGCACCACCAUCGGCAUGUCGACGUAUCUGAUGCAUAAUCUACCGGAUGUGUAUCCAGAGCCCAAGUGCUGGCGGCCGGAGAGGUGGCUGGAUGAGCAGGGAAAGAGGCAUAGGGACUUAGAUGCGUAUUUUAUGGCGUUUUCGAAGGGGUCGAGGCAGUGUUUGGGUAUCAACUUGGCGUGGGCGGAACUGCACAUUGCGGUUGCGACGUUCGUGCGGAGGCUUGGGAAGAAGCUAGAGUUGUAUGAGACAGGGCCGGCGGAGGUGGAGUAUAAGUAUGAUUUGUUCGAGCCUGGGAAAGAGAGCAAUGUCGGUAUCAGGGUGUUGGUUCAUUAGGCUCUUCUGCGCUGUUUGCUAUUGUGGGUCGGACAUUGUUGGGGUGUACCUUUAUCUUAUCUCGGGCUCUUCUUGGUCGAGCGGCGCGAAGCCUUUCCACUCGAUACCUUUU